AUGGGGAACUACCACUACUAUCUGAAACAAGAGUUGCUGAUGGCAGACGUGGACAUGACACCCCAGGCACCUGCACUAACCGUUCAAUGGCAUCCGAAAUCCCACCUUCGACUACAGUUGUCAGAUCGAUGCGAUCACUUCAGUCUCGAAUACCAUUUUACUGUAGCCAGAGGCUCGGUUGUGCUUGGUCAGGACUAUGGUAUUAUUGCUGUGAUAGAUGGGAAGACACUGAAACUCACACCACUUCGGCAGGCCGGCGUUCCUCCUCCGAUGAGCUUCUGCGAGGUCAGUUUCGAGACCAACAUCGUCGAUUGCGCUGUUGACGCAGAUGGAGAAACCAUUGCUGUACUCACCACGAAAGGCGUCGAGGUUUGCACAUGGCCAGACGCGGACGCUUGGACUCGCUCUCCUACAUCCUUAAAAAGAUUCUCCGCGUCCUUAUCGAAGAUAUCACUUCUGUUCCAGACUGACGAAAUCGAACUACGGAUGGCGCGGACGCAGAUCGAGCUCUGCAACAAGGUGGUGUAUGUGCUCGAGCCUGCGCAACGUGGCAAUCCAGAAUCCAUCUCUCGCUGCGAACACUACGGUGGAGGCGUGCCUCUCAAUCCACCAAUCUGGACGGAGCCCAAGUCGCAUGCUCGAUCGCCUGCUCAAAAUCUUAUCACGGACGUCAGGCAAGAGAGAAUCGUCGUUCAAGGCACUGACGGCAAGGUCGGGCCGUUGUAUGGUAACAUCUCCCUUCCAACAAGGGAGAAGUACGAUCCGAUCAUGAUUGUUCAGGAACCCUCGGCCUCAGACGCGACGCUGUUCCACCUCACGGAGACUGUCGACUCAGGUGCCAGACUCCUUGGAAACGGACACUCGCCGUUGUACAAUGUGUGCAGUCUGGGCACAGAUGGCACGUUGAAAGUCGACGAUAUAGUCAUAGCGCAAGACUGUACCUCAUACGUGGUCACCGACUCCCAUUUGAUCUUCACAACAAAUCAGCACCUCCUCAAAUUUGUCCAUUUGGUGUCUCCAGAUGAGAUGAAAGUGCCCAGCAACACGCCAGAAGUGGACGAGAGAUGUAGAAGUAUCGAAAGAGGUGCCCGACUCGUCACUGUCAUGCCUUCCACCUACGCAGUUGUGCUACAGAUGCCACGAGGUAAUCUCGAAACAAUCUACCCGCGAGUACUUGUCCUGGCUGGUAUCAGAAAACAUAUCAAAGAGCUGGACUACAAGGCCGCGUUUCUUGCGUGUCAAGCUCAGCAAGUCGACAUGAAUAUCCUUUAUGAUUUUCAGCCACAUGCAUUCAGGGUCAACAUUGUCAAAUUCAUCGAGCAGCUGAAGAAACCAAGUCGAAUUGAUGAGUUCAUUGCAAAGCUCAAAGAAGAAGAUGUCACACAGACCUUGUAUCGGGACACUCUACAACUCGCUGGUGAUCUCGAGAACGAGCCAGCUGUCUCGUCAGCAGUGGAGCACAAACCGGCCAGCAAAGUCAACAGUAUUUGUGCAGCGAUGAUGACGGCCCUUGAGACGAUGCCUUCAAACAAUCCUGGCUAUACCCAGAACAUCAUCACGGCACAUGUCUGCAAACGACCGCCAGAUCUCGAAGCAGCCCUGGCGCUUGUCUCUCGACUUCACAGCAACUCUCCUACCGAAGCAGAUCUCGCGAUCUCGCAUCUUUGUUUCUUGACGGAUGCCACACGCCUCUACAAUACGGCAUUGGCUAUGUACGACCUAGAGAUCACAUUACUGGUAGCACAGAACGCUCAACGAGACCCCAGGGAGUACAUGCCGUUCUUGCAGGACUUGCAUGCUUUGCCCAUCCUGAAGAGAAAGUACAUCAUUGAUAAUCACCUCAAGAGUUAUGCUAAAGCACUGGAAUCUCUCCAUGCCAUGGAGGACCACGAAGCUAUCGAAGCCUACACCAUCAAGCAUUCACUCUACUCCGAAGCUCUCUCGCUGUACAAGUACUCCCCGACUCACCAUGCGACCAUCACAAAGCACUACGCCGCCUACCUAGCGGAGAAGAACUCCCAUCUACAAGCCGCCAUCCUCUACGAAACACUCGGCCAGUUCGAUCUCGCCUGCAAUCUCUAUACCCUAGCCCACGCGUGGCGCGAGGCUCUCUCAUGUGCCAGCCUCUCCAACUACCCUCCAGAACAACUCACCUCCCUCGCCACUACGCUAGCAACUACUCUCAGCGAGCAAAAUCGCGACUACCGCUCCGCAGCAUACAUUCACGAGCACUACCUCUCAUCUCCCACUGAAGCCGCAUCUCUGCUCUGCAAAGGCUCCUACUUCGCCGACGCAUCCUUCUCCUCUCCCGCAUCUCCCCCACAUCCAUCCCCGAAAUCAUUGAUCCCGCGCUGA